CAUUUCCGCGCCAGCCGCCAUCUUGUCGGCGGUUGGAGGCGCUCGCUGCGUCGGGAGCCCGUUUUUUUUUCCCCCGGCCGAAGUGGACCCUUCCCCGCCUCUCGCCAUGGCCAACAACUGCCCUGUCCUGGGCGCUGGCAACUGCCACCAGCCCCCUCCGCAGCACCAACAGCCGCCUCAGCCGCCCGGGCCGCCGGCCGGAGCCGUUCUCUCGCCGCCACCGCUGCCGCUCCAGAGCGCGGGCCCCAAGCCGGCGGCCUCCGGCAAGCAAGGCAACGUCCUGCCCCUGUGGGGGAACGAGAAGACCAUGAACCUCAACCCCAUGAUCCUCACCAACAUCCUCUCCUCGCCCUACUUCAAGGUGCAGCUCUACGAGCUCAAGACCUACCACGAGGUGGUCGACGAGAUCUACUUCAAGGUUACACAUGUUGAGCCUUGGGAGAAAGGAAGCAGAAAAACGGCAGGCCAGACAGGGAUGUGCGGAGGGGUGCGUGGUGUUGGAACUGGUGGUAUAGUAUCUACAGCCUUUUGUCUCCUCUACAAGUUAUUUACCCUGAAGCUAACUCGUAAGCAAGUGAUGGGACUGAUAACACAUACAGACUCUCCUUAUAUUAGGGCCCUUGGAUUCAUGUAUAUUAGGUACACACAGCCUCCAACAGAUUUAUGGGACUGGUUUGAAUCUUUUCUUGAUGAUGAGGAGGAUCUCGAUGUGAAAGCUGGUGGCGGUUGUGUCAUGACCAUUGGAGAAAUGCUGCGUUCCUUCCUUACUAAGCUUGAAUGGUUUUCUACAUUAUUUCCAAGAAUUCCUGUACCAGUCCAGAAGAACAUAGAUCAACAAAUAAAAGCCAGACCUAGGAAAAUCAAGAAGGACGGCAAGGAAGGAGUAGAAGAAGUAGACAGACACGCAGAGCGUAGACGUUCAAGGUCUCCAAGGAGGUCCUUGAGUCCCAGGAGGUCACCUAGAAGAUCAAGAAGCAGAAGUCGUCACCGAGAAGGCCGUGGAUCAUCCAGUUUUGAUAGAGAAUUGGAAAGAGAAAGAGAGCGGCAAAGGCUAGAACGUGAAGCCAAGGAGAGAGACAGGGAGAGGCGACAGUCCCGAAGUUCUGAUCGAACGUUGGAACGUCGUCGAAGCAGAAGCCGAGAGAGGCACAGGAGUCGAAGCCGUGACCGGAAAGGAGACAGAAGAGAGCGGGACAGGGAGAGGGAGAAAGAAAAUGAACGCAGUAGAAAGAAGGAGCGUGACUAUGAUAAAGACAGAGGCAUUGAAAGGGAGAGAGAGCGAUCCAGAGAGAGAGAUCGCUCAAGAGAAAAAUCAAAAGACAGAAAAUGCAGAAGUGAAAUAGAUGAGAGGAGGCAUAAAGAUGAAAAAGAUGAAAGGAGACAUAGAGAGGAGAAGAGAGAUUCCAAAAAAGAGAGGAGACACAGCAGGAGCCGAAGUAGGGAUCGGAAGCAUAGAAGUAGAAGUGUGAGUAGGAAUGCUGGCAAGCACAGCAGGAGCAGGAGUAAAGAGAAAUUGAGUAAACACAAGAGUGAAAGUAAAGAGAAAUCAAAUAAACGGAGUAGAAGCAGAAGCAGAGGAAGAACUGAUAGUAGUGAAAAGUCCCGAAAGCGAGACCGUAGCCCCAGUAAAGAGAGGUCGCGAAAACGUAGCAAAAGCAAAGAACGUUCCCACAAACAUGACCACAGUGAUAAGGACCACUCAAACAAACACGAUCGCCGGAGCCAAAGCACAGAACGAGAGAAUCAAAAACAAUCUAAAAACAAAGAUGAGACUGUAUGAAUGUUCAGAAGUGGAUCACAUUGAAUCCUAUAAAUGUUUUGAAACCUUGCUUAUUUUUUUUCUUAAAGUUAAGAUUGUGCAGUAGUUGAUGAGCACUCUUCAACCUCCCUUUAGGCUGCAGAUUGUCAUUUCCUAUUUUGAGUAGGGAAGUGCCUUUGUAAUCCCAUUAAACGCGUUGACUAUUUCA